GCUUAAUCACAGGUUUCAAGUUAACUACAGCCAUCAUAAAGAUCACCUGUAGAAACCAGGACUGACUCAAAGUGCCGGUCAACUAGGAAUGCCAGUCAUGGAUAUUCUGGUAAAUGAGUCGACAAAGGAUGGCCUAUGUGACUAUGAGAAGGGUCCCAUCCACACUGCCCUCACCAUCGCCUACUCCCUGGUGUUUGCUGCAGGAAUUGUUCUGAAUAGCCUCACCUUGUGGGUGUCCUUCUGUCACACGCACAACAAGUGCUGCGUCACCGUCUACUUGAAGAACCUCGCCAUUGCAGACUUCCUGCUGGUUUUAUCUUUGCCUGUGAAGAUCGUAGAUUAUUCCAUGGACUCUGAGGGGGUCAGAAAGACCUACUGCACCUUGGUAGCUUCCGCGUUUUACCUGAACAUCUACGCCAGCAUCCUGUUUAUGGAACACAUCGGGGUGAACAGAUAUCUCAAAAUCGUGAGACCGCUGGAAAAUCAUGUGUUUCAGACAGUUCGCGCCGCGAAAUACAUCUCGCUAGGAACCUGGGGGCUCCUCCUCAUUAUAGCCUCAACAUUUGCAGUUCUCUCCCUGGAAACAUUUUGGUCUUCUCUUAACUCUACCGCUGGCCAAAGUAAGAUGUGUUACAUGGUCCUGUCUCCAGCCGGGAAGCAAUUCUACGUCUUCAUCCACUUCCUCUCCAUCGUCUUAUUCAUUUUCGUGCUAGCGUCUCUGUCCUUCUUUUACUUCCAGACCGCGAAAAGGCUGAAGGCCACCAAGCACGCUGCCAACAAAAAACUGCAGAAGUCGAAAAAAAACAUAAGCGUGCUGAUCACCGUUUUCUGCGUCUGCUUUGUUCCGUACCAUCUGCUGCGGGUUCUUUACCUCCUCACGAAAAACAAGGUGAUUGACGACUGUGACGCAAAAAGGGUAAUCUAUUACCUGAAGGAGUUCACAAUCGUUCUCUCCUCUCUGAAUGCCUGCCUGGACCCCUUCAUUUACUUCAUCUUUUGCAAAGCCUUCAGGGCCAAGAUAGGUUUGUUAAAAUUCCUAAGAAGAAAUGAAAAGCUGUCAGCUGACCACCCGAAAGUCAGAUCAGAGGUGAAUGAUUCUGUGUAUGAUUUCACAACUAGACCAAGCAGCCCUUCGAUGGCAGUCAGAGAGUCCUUGAGUAUACAAGGAUCCUGAAGUUUCAUCCACCCCACCCCAUUCUCACGGGGACGCGGCCGCAUGCAUGGCGAUCUGAGAAAAGCCCGAGUCGUGUCCAGCGAUGUACAGCAUGUGCACAUGCAGGCCUGAAAACAAGCGGCGCAUGCUUGCACAAAGGGCAGUGGGUGCGUGGAACAAGCUGCCAGGCGGUGCUGUUGAAGACACUUCCCUUGGAUCCUUCAAGAUAUGGCUGGAUGAGAUACGCAAAAUAAUAAGCAGCCCAACAAGCCAUAAGUGACAAAUGGCCUCAGGCUGUUCAUAUUAUUCUUUUCUUAUGUUAUUAAAUUAAUUAAUCAGCUCUAUUGGGGCGUCUUCAGUGCCAAGACUUUUUUGGUCUGCGUGGAGGCAUUUUUUCCCAUAAUGCAUUCUCAUCAUCAUUUCUGUCUUAUAAAAAAUCUAAGUAUAUGUGGCGUUAAUUUGUGGCUACUUUGGCACCAGUUUCAGUAGAUUUUAAUUACAAUAGAUCUAUAGUGUCUUGAUCUAUAGAUCUAUAGGGAUUUUUACAAAGUAUUCGAGCUAUGUGCUAUAUUUACACCAUAAUUUUUAAUUGUA